AUGGAUGAUCUUCAAAAUGUGGUUGCUGCAAUGGCAACAAAAUUGUCUGUACAUAAUUCGAAACCACCAGCCAGUAGUCAAACAGAAGCUGUUACUGUACGUUGUCGUCAUGUGAUUAAACAAAUUCCCCGACAAUAUGUUAUUGCUUAUAUCUUAUCAUUAGCACAAAAACAAUGCUUGAAUCUUGAAAAGGAGAGUUUUUCAUUCCUUAGUUACGUUCAUGAGGUAUGGACAAGUUUAAUAGAUGUCAUUCGAUCUAUGAAUACCGAUAAUUAUGAUUUUGGUUAUAUACAAACAAUCACUAUGGAAACGCUUAAAAAAGCGAUUAAAUUAUGUUACACUUCAUUGGAUAAAACACUAUGCGAAUCUUUUUAUUCACGUGCCUCAUUGAAUUCACUCAAUUUAAUGUUGGAUACACAUUCAAUUGUGAAUAGACGUCGACGUCAAGAAGAUCGUUGGUUUGCUGUAGCUGAUUUACUAUCAUAUGUGCCUUUAUCUAAAAGUAAUAUUGACCAAUCAUAUCUCACAAAAUAUUCACCAAUCACAGCAUUCGGUAUAUUUGAUGGUCAUAAUGGACCAGAAGUCGCUGAACACUGUUCACAUCUUACACCUUACUUACUCAGUAUUGAAUUACAACGACAUUUAUUCUCUGACGCCUAUUCAUCAUUUAAUGGUGGAAGUUCUACUAUCAAAUCUAUACCAAAUAUUUUAUCUGAAGUCUUUCAUCGAUUAAAUCAGUCGGCUAAUCAUGGAAGGUCAAGAAAGUGUUGGACUUCCGGUACAACAGCGACAGUGUGUAUAUUUGCAGGUGAUACAAUAUGUACAGCAUGGGUUGGUGAUUCACAAGCAUGGCUUGUAUUUCCUUGUACAAAUAACAAUACUACUACCAAUAAUAAUAAUAAUAGCAAUGCAGAAAAAUUACCUCCAAACAUUAAUUGCUGUUAUACACGUAAUGGUAUCCAGAACAGUAAUCAUAAUAAUAACAACAAUAUUAGUAGUAAUAUCAAAACACAUCAUACAGGAAGUUUUCAUGAACCAGACAGAAUGACUGUAUUAAUGGAAAUUCCAUCACCAGAGAAAAAUAUAGAUGGCGUCGUUACCAAUAGCAACAACAACAACAAAAACAAUAUUAAUCCCGAUAACAAACGUGUAGUGAAAUCUACAUCAUUGAAUAUUAUGACUGAUCGGCUGUCCUUAUGUAAUGGUGGUCAUCUACCAACAAGUCAAAGUUCACCAAUUAUUGAAAGGCAUCAAAAACAAUCAUCAAUUAAUCAUCAAUCACCACCUACUGCACCAAUGACGGUCACAACGACGAAUAAAAAACAAUCAUUAGAAAAUAAAUCAAUGAUAAUUGUUGAUCAAGAAAAUUCUGAGCAUUAUUUAAAUAUUGAUAUGAAUGAACAAUUGGGUACUCCAUUGACAGAUUGUAUACAUCGUCCAGAAUCACCAUGUGAAUUUGUCUCUGUCCUACGAACUGGUGGUUCAAUAUCAACUGAAGUCGGUGCAGAGAAUAGUUCCUCCGUAGAGAAUGAAAUUUUCUUCUCACGCACCCCUAAAGAUUCGCUGGCAAAUUUAGCUGCUGCUCGUGCUGGUGCUGGUGUCAAAGAUGCUAUCUCCCCAGGCAGUUAUUGUCAUAGUAAACGUGUUUCAAUCCCUCCGUUAGAUAAUCCUGCUCUAUUAGAUUGUAGAGUUGGUUGUCUGUCGUCAGUAAGUCGAUCCAUCGGAGAUGAUGAAACUGCGGCUGGUUUAAAUGCCCUGCCGUCAAUGACAAUUUGGUCAGCUAGUAGUCAGUGUGAUCAUCAUCACAGUUCAUCAAAACACAUGCCUUUGUGUCUAGUUGCAGCAAGUGAUGGUCUUUGGGAUACACCCGGUUGUAGUGGCCCAGAAAUCUCCCUACUAGCCAAUCAUUGGUAUAAAGAGCAUAUUAAACAAAAGAAAGAAUGUUCCAAUUAUCGUUCAUUCUCUGAAUUUCUAGUGAAUUUAGCUGUUCAAAAUGGUGCAUCCGAUAAUAUCACUUGUCUUGUCAUUUGGUUGCAUGCAUGGAAACCGGACGGAUUGAAGGGAUGGAGUGUUGAUUCCCUCCCAACAACAACAACAAGUCAAAUCAGAUGGCCUACACAUUCACGUGUUACAUCAUUGGUGAAUUUAAACUCCCCAUCAGAUGUUCACCUAAGAGGUCCACGUGAUUGUGCACGUUCUCAACGUCCUACCCGGUUGAAAAGAUCUUCAUCGUUGGAUGAUGCUUAUGCAGCGGACUUAUUGACCCCACGAUAUUCAAGUCCUCCACGUGAUGUAAUUUAUCAACCAAAUUGUUAA